UUGUGAAAGUACCAUAUUUGGCCAACCAUAGCGAUUUUAUUUGUAUUUUCCAGUUCCAAUUUCAUUUCUAAUAUUAUUGGUCAAUUUAAGGAUUGAAUAUUUCCUAAAAUGACGAUUAAACUAUCUUGUGAUAAGUUGAAUCCACCUCUAGGCGCACUAUUUGCUGCUAAUUUAAUAAACUCUACUAAAAAUGACACUAUCAAAGUUGAGUGGGGUCAGAAGAACUCUAUCGAAAAUGCCUCUUCUGAGAUGUUAUGUGAAACCACUCAAGACCUAAUGAGAAAAAUAGCUCACAUAUUCAAAGAAUUCAAUUUGUAUGGAUGUACCCCUCUGGAGAGGACCCAAAUUGACCAUUGGUUAUGUUAUACUUUGGGACCUCUAGCUGCACAAAAUGAGUUUUCAGCAGCUUUAUCUAAUAUAAACAAAAUAUUAGGACCAGUAACAUAUUUUGUUGGAAAUCAACUUUCAGUAGCUGAUUUUGCAGUAUUUGCUUGUCUCUUUGCAAAUAAACAAUGGCAAAGUCUCAAAUCGAAGAAGUCGGCCCCAAGCAACGUUUUGAGAUGGUAUAAAUUCAUAGAAUCUCAAGACUGCGUCAAGAAUGAAAUCAAUAAACUAACCCAUCCAAUUCUUGAAGCCUUGAUUAAGAAUGCGGAAGUUAUCAGUAACGAUAAAGAGCAACUUACGGCGGGAGGACGUGCUAGAGAAGGAAAAUUUGUUGAGCUUCCAGGCGCCGAAAUGGGAAAAGUUGUGGUUAGAUUUCCGCCUGAGGCUUCAGGGUAUCUCCACAUAGGCCAUGCUAAGGCUGCUUUAUUGAACCAAUAUUAUCAGCAAGCCUUCGAUGGUAAAUUAAUAAUGAGAUUCGAUGACACAAAUCCUGCCAAAGAAAACACCCACUUUGAGGAGGUGAUUCUCGAAGACGUGGCGAUGUUGGAAAUCAAACCAGAUAGGUUCACCUACACAUCAGAUUACUUCGACCUGAUGUUGGAAUAUUGCGAGAAAAUGCUCAAAGAUGGCAGAGCCUACGUGGACGACACCGAUCCGGAGGCGAUGAAGCAAGAACGUGAGCAGAAAGUAGAAUCGGCCAAUAGAAAUAAUUCCGUAGAAAAAAAUUUCAAAAUGUGGGAGGAUAUGAAAAAAGGAACAGAAUACGGGCAAAAAUGCUGUGUUCGCGCCAAAAUAGACAUGAAAUCUCUGAAUGGAUGUAUGAGGGAUCCUACGAUAUAUCGCUGUAAGAAUGAGGCACAUCCAAGGACUGGAACGAAAUAUAAGGUUUAUCCGACAUACGAUUUCGCUUGUCCGAUUGUUGAUGCCAUCGAAGGAGUUACACAUACUUUGAGAACCAUGGAAUAUCACGAUAGAGAUCCUCAAUUUUAUUGGUUCAUUGAUUGUCUGGGAUUGAGGAAACCUCACAUCUGGGAAUAUAGUAGACUAUCUAUGACGAAUACUGUCCUUAGUAAAAGAAAACUUACCUGGUUUGUGGAACAAGGGUUGGUUGAUGGAUGGGAUGAUCCUAGAAUGCCAACGGUAAGAGGAGUUUUAAGGAGAGGUAUGACAGUGGCAGGUUUGAAAGAAUUUAUUAUAGCGCAAGGGUCCAGCAGAUCAGUCGUUUUUAUGGAAUGGGACAAAAUUUGGGCGUUCAAUAAAAAGGUUAUUGAUCCAAUUGCUCCACGUUACACGGUUGUUGAUUAUGACACUCAUGUCCCGGUAUCGGUGAUAGGUGCUAAAGAAGAAUGUUUGUCCGUUCCUAAACAUCCUAAGAAUCCAGACAUGGGACAAAAAUCAGUUUGGGUAGGUCCCAAGUUGUUGAUCGAUAGGGCAGAUGCUGAGUGUUUGAAAGAAGGGGAAAACGCCACUUUCAUACAUUGGGGAAAUUUAAUGAUAAAAAAAAUUAACAAGAAAGAUGGAAAAGUUUCGUCGGUAGAAGCUGAGCCUAAUCUGGAUAACAAGGAUUAUAAAAAAACUAUGAAAGUCACUUUCUUAUGCGACACACCGAAAGCGAAGUUUACGCAUACAUUUUGCGUAUAUUUCGAUCAUAUAAUCAGUAAACCUCUUCUCGGCAAGGACGAAGAUUUCAAACAGUUCAUCGGUCACGAGACGAGGAGGGACGUACGGGUUCUUGGUGACCCAGAGUUGAAAAAUUUGAAAGAAGGAGACAUAAUUCAAAUUCAGAGAAGGGGUUUCUUCAGGGUAGAUGUACCUUUUGGAGAAAGGAGCCCCUUCACUUGUAAAGAACAACCGGUUAUUUUGUUCUACAUUCCCGAUGGUUCGGCCAAAGACAAUUCUGCCUCCAGUGUGGCUGCUAAGCAGAAUAAACCCGUUAAGAAGGAAGAAAAUUCCACGAGUGAACAAAUUGUUUCAUCAGGAGGAACAAAUUCAGCUCAGAAACUGGACGAAGACAUUAUAAAACAAGGGAAUAUUGUCAGAGAGCUCAAAUCAAAAAAAGCGGCCAAGCCAGAUAUUGAUGCUGCUGUUAAAGUUCUGCUUUCUCUGAAGGCAGAAUACAAGACAGUUGCUGGAAGUGAAUGGAAACCGGGCUGUACGCCUCAAAAAACAGUAGCUGAGUCUAGGUCUGCUGAAAACCAAACCAACACAAGAUCAGCAGAAAACAUAAACGAAAAAAUUAUAGAACAAGGUAACCUCGUGAGAGAGCUAAAAGCGAAAAAAGCAGCAAAGGGAGAUAUUGAUGCUGCUGUUAAAGUUCUGCUUUCUCUCAAGGCAGAAUACAAGGAAGUUGCUGGAAGUGAAUGGAAACCGGGCUGUACUCCUCCAAAAACAAUAACUGAGUCUAAUUCUGCCGAAAACCAAACCAACACAAGAUCAGCAGAAAACAUAAAUGACAAAAUUGUAGAACAAGGUAACCUCGUGAGAGAGCUCAAAGCGAAAAAAGCAGCAAAGGGAGAUAUUGAUGCUGCUGUUAAAGUUUUGCUAUCUCUCAAGGCAGAAUACAAGGAAGUUUCUGGAAUUGAAUGGAAACCGGGCUGUACUCCUCCAAAAACAAUAACUGAGUCUAAUUCUGCCGAAAACCAAACCAACACAAGAUCAGCAGAAAACAUAAAUGACAAAAUUGUAGAACAAGGUAACCUCGUGAGAGAGCUCAAAGCGAAAAAAGCAGCAAAGGGAGAUAUUGAUGCUGCUGUUAAAGUUUUGCUAUCUCUCAAGGCAGAAUACAAGGAAGUUUCUGGAAGUGAAUGGAAACCGGGCUGUACUCCUCCAAAAACAAUAACUGAGUCUAAUUCUGCUGAAAACCAAACCAACACAAGAUCAGCAGAAAACAUAAAUGACAAAAUUGUAGAACAAGGUAACCUCGUGAGAGAGCUCAAAGCGAAAAAAGCAGCAAAGGGAGAUAUUGAUGCUGCUGUUAAAGUUCUGCUUUCUCUCAAGGCAGAAUACAAGACAGUUGCUGGAAGUGAAUGGAAACCGGGCUGCACGCCUCCAAAAACAAUAACUGAGUCUAAGUCUGCUGAAAACCAAACCAACACAAGAUCAGCAGAAAACAUAAACGAAAAAAUAAUAGAACAGGGUAACCUCGUGAGAGAGCUCAAAGCGAAAAAAGCAGCGAAGGGAGAUAUUGAUGCUGCAGUUAAAGUUCUGCUUUCUCUGAAGGCAGAAUACAAGACAGUUGCUGGAAUUGAAUGGAAACCGGGCUGUACGCCUCCAAAAACAAUAACUGAGUCUAAGUAUGCUGAAAACCAAACCAACUUGAAAUCAGCCAAAACCAAAGGAGAGGAAAUCACAGAACAGGGUAAUCUCAGAGGAAAAAAAGCAGCCAAGCCGGAUAUUGAUGCUGCAGUUGAAGCUAGCUCUAAGGCCCCCUCAGGUGCAGAAUCCAAGAAAGAUGAGGACAAGAAAUUGAAAAAACAGACCCAAUUAGGUUCGGAGGCCAAAAAAGAAGAGAACAGGAAUGUGAAAAAACAGACCAAAUUAGGUUCGGAGGCCAAAAAAGAAGAUGACAGGAAUGUGAAAAAACAGACCCGAUUAGGUUUAGAAGCCAAAAAAGAAGAGGACCUCCCCAACUGGUACUCACAAGUGUUGACGAAGAGCGAGAUGAUAGAGUAUUUCGAUAUUUCCGGUUGCUACAUUUAUAGGCCGUGGUCUUAUGCAAUAUGGGAAGAAAUCAGGAACUGGUUAGAUAAGGAAAUUAAGAAACUAGGUGUACAAAAUUGUUAUUUCCCAAUUUUCGUAUCGAAAGCAAUGUUGGAGAAGGAGAAAACACAUAUUGCAGAUUUUUCGCCAGAGGUGGCUUGGGUGACUAAAUCGGGUGAUUCUGAAAUGAGUGAACCAAUCGCAGUGAGGCCAACUUCGGAAACUGUCAUGUAUCCAGCGUACGCAAAAUGGAUUCAGUCAUACAGAGAUCUUCCUAUCAAGUUGAACCAGUGGAACAAUGUUGUGAGGUGGGAGUUUAAACAUCCACAACCGUUCUUGAGAACCAGAGAGUUUUUGUGGCAGGAAGGACACACUGCUUUUGCUACAUCAGAGGAAGCCAAAGAAGAAGUUACUGUUGUAUUAGAUCUCUACGCUAAAGUCUAUACUGAUCUCCUUGCUGUACCGGUAAUCAAAGGUAGGAAAACUGAAAAAGAAAAAUUCGCUGGGGGAGAUUAUACGUACACAGUGGAAGCUUACAUCUCCGCUAGUGGUCGUGCUAUACAGGGUGCUACCUCUCAUCAUUUAGGACAGAAUUUCUCCAAAAUGUUCGAACUCACAUAUGAAGAUCCUGAUACUCAAGAAAAGAAAUAUGUAUAUCAGAAUUCAUGGGGUUUGACGACAAGAACUAUAGGAGUCAUGAUCAUGAUCCAUUCAGACAACCAGGGUCUCGUGUUACCUCCAAAUGUAGCUAGCGUACAAACUGUAAUUGUGCCUUGUGGAAUAACCGCAAAUUUAUCUCAAGAAGGACGAGCAAAUCUUCAGUCUUCAUGUAAUUCGUUAGAAUCCGACCUGAAAUCUGCCAAUAUUAGGGUAUUCGGAGAUUACAGAGAUAACUACUCUCCCGGUUGGAAAUUCAACCACUGGGAACUCAAGGGUGUACCAAUUCGAAUUGAACUCGGUCCCAAGGAUAUCGAGAAGAAACAGUUGGUUGCCGUACGAAGAGAUACAGGUGAAAAACUGACAAUUCCGCUGAAGGACGCCGUAGAAGAAGUUCAGAAACUGUUGAAGGCGAUACAAAACAAUCUUUAUACAAAGGCAUGUGAAGAAAUGAAGAAUCACGUGGUUACCUUCAAGAAUUGGUCCGAUUUCGUGCCGAAUUUAGAAAAGAAGAAUUUGAAUUUAGUUCCGUUCUGUGGGAGCGAAGAAUGUGAAGACAGGAUUAAGGCUGACAGUACCAGGGACGAUGGAAACACAGAUACUGCUGCGCCCUCAAGUGGAGCUAAAUCACUGUGUAUUCCUCUUGAGCAGCCUGCAAAAAUAGAACCUACCGACAAGUGUAUUUAUCCUAGUUGUAACAAUAAGCCCCAGUUUUACACGUUGUUCGGUCGAAGUUAUUGAUAUUUUAUCAAUUUUUAUUUGAAAUAAAUACUCUCAUUUUAGAA